AAGAUUGGCAAAUCUUUUAUCUCUUUUUGUCACUUGUCAUUUCCUAUACCUAUUGCUUUCUAAUGACCUUUGAAUAUGCUGAAUAAUAUUAUCGUGAAAUCUUUGUUUACUUCUCGACUAGUCUAAUCUCGUGCAAGUGUUUUUGUUAUUGUAAAAAUUUUAUCAGGAAAUAUUUUGAACAGUGUUUUAAUAUCAACUGGAGUGUAUUCUAUGAAACUUGUUAUUGAGUUUAAACGUUUUUUAGUCUUCUGUGUAUCAACAAUCUAUAUUGCUCUAAAUAGCUGCAAUAUCAAAAGUCAUUGUGAAUAAUUAAGUGGAAUUUAUUUAGUGUAGUGUUUUCCAUUAUGUAAUUGAAAGAUGAAAUUGACCCAGAUAAAUCAUUUCAUAACAGUGUGCAAUGGUGACAUAUAAUAUAUUUGUUAUAUACAAUCAAAAUAAAUAAACAUUGUAAACGACACGUGGGCCUCAGUGAAUUAAAAUCGAUAAAGACGUAAGCGUGCGCCUGUGUAUCAACGAGACGAUUCUACUUCAAGGUCAACCUAUAUAAACACGUGCAAUGUCGGAUUCUAUUUACACUCAUGACUUUCUUUUAGAGUCCAGUUUUGAUAUUAAACAGGAAUCGCCCUUUGAAUUGGGCACGAUGUCCGCUUCUGUACCCAUACCACAAAGGCGUACUGAUUUUAGUGAUUUGAACUCUGAUUUUGACCUUUGUUUACCAGAUACUCAAGUAGGAUCCUUCCACAGUGUUCCCACUUAUAACAAGCUGUCUUUCGAUGCGGAGAAUUCUAAAAUCGAGCCGUUUAAAAUGGAAGAUGAUGAUAUUUUUCAAGUUGACAAAGCUGAUUUGAUAUUGGGGCCAACAUUGGCGGAGUUAAACGCGAACCCAGAUACGUCGUUGGAUGAUUUGGACUUUGCUGAUUUGUUAAUGCCAGAGGAGAGUGAAUAUUGUAUACAAAUUGGAGGUGCAAUGAGUGGUUCCAAACGGGUUGCAAAUGCAUUACAGACUGCCCCACUAGCUUCCGAGAGUCCCUGUAGCCCAUACAGUCGAGCUCAGCUUGCGUUCUCCCCAUCGAGCCAACAUAGUUCUGCUUCGUCCAGCUUCGCACAGCCAAUGAACCAAUUACCGGAGCUGUUACUGCGGAUGGAUGGUUAUAGUGGGGAGAUAGCUCUUGGACAAUCUGUUCCUGCAUCGUCAGUGCUACCACCCUUUCCAACUAGUGCUAAGACACAACCAGCACAAUUGUCAUCAUCAGCUCCAACACAUUUAACUAUGGAACAGAUAUGGCAGCGUCGUGAGCCUCGUAAACACUUACUGUCUACGAGUUCUCUUGCUGAAGCGGGAUCAGUUUCCUCGCUUUCUGGUGGACUCUUAAGCCCUGGAACGGGCGACUUCUCACAGGAUGAGGAUGACAGGGAUGUCGAAUCAGACGAGGAUAGCGACCGAUAUGAAGAUCUAUCUUCUGAUGAAUCAAACGACGAAAGUCCCGAGAAAAAGGAAGCGAGACACAACGCUAAAAAAGAGAGAUAUUUCUGGCAGUAUAAUGUACAAGCCAAGGGGCCCAAAGGUCAAAGGCUGGUAUUGAAGAAGAAAUCUGAGGAUCCUCACGUGUUGAAUUCCGUUACCGAUCCAGUUUUCAGUCCGAAUUGUAAUGUCAAAGGCAUAAAACACAGUGGUAAAGCAAGGAAAGGCGAUGGCAACGAUCUCACGCCAAAUCCGAGGAAGCUGUAUCUCAUCGGGUUGGAGUUGGAUAAUUUGGGCAAAAUAAUAAACGACAUGAUACCCGUCAGCGAGCUGCCGUUCAACGUGAGACCGAAAACGAGGAAAGAGAAAAACAAACUCGCCUCUCGUGCAUGUCGGUUAAAGAAGAAGGCUCAGCAUGAAGCGAAUAAAUUAAAACUGUACGGCUUGCAACAGGAGCACAAGCGUCUCAUAAAUGGUAUACAUCAAAUGAAGCAAAUAAUAGGCAAUCGAGUGACAAACCCUGACAACAAUGUUGAAUGGACGUCACAUCUAAAUAAUAUUGUUAGCACGGCUACAGAGGUGAAAAUAGCUGGCAAAACAUCAGAAUUCGUCAAUACGAUAUUGGAAAACGUUAAGGCCGGCCAGAAUAAUGGCGGACUGAAUGAAAUAUAACUCGCAAACAUUGUACAAGAAUGCAAAACGAAAGGCUGUUUUAUGUACCUCCAAAGUUAUUUAGAAGAAGAUUAUGUCAUAUGAAAGCUUAAUUGUCCAAGACAAUGUUUAUUUUUGUAUGAACUAAUUCAAUAUGUUUUAGUCAUUAGAGCUUCACAAGGCAACUAAGGUAAUGGUUACUCAUCAUUUUUAUCUUUUGCCAUACAUUAGGUAUUUAUAAGUAUAUAAGUAGCAAGUAUUGAUCGUUGCAACCAAAUAGUGGUUUUAAUUAAUCGUUAGUUAGUUUUGGUUAUGGUUUUAUAGAGUAUUCUAUUUAACUUUAUUGUUUUUUUUACGUUACAUACCAAUGGGUAGACAGAAUCUAACAAUCUGCUUUUGAAUCUAAUUAAUAUAAUCAUAUUAAUUGAAGUUAUAGUGGAUAGUUUGAAAUACAACCUCUAAAUACUCGACUACACUUAAUUUUUCAUGGAGCUGUCACAACUUCUGUUAUGAUUAUUACAUAAUAAAUUUAAGGAGCAUUUGAGUAUUUGAAGCAAAUUCAAAAAAUAGUUUUGUAAUUUUUGUUGUUCUGUGCAUCUGUAUUAUAAUAUCAAACAUCAUUUUAUAUUUAUCGCUGUUUCUUGUUAUAUUAACUACCUAUAGGUAUCAAAACUGAGAAAGAUGUUUAAAUUAUAUUUAUAGUAAUGUUUUUAUUCUCUUAAUCUUACUUAAUUCACCAGCUCUACUGUAGUCCUCUUUUUAAAUUUUUAAAACUUUCAAAUGUUCUAACUUAUUAAAAAUAAAGAAGAUAAAUCCAAAAAGUUAAAUUUUAGCCGUUCUCAGGUUAUAAGUGGUGCAACUGACACGACUUUUUUAACAUAAUAAAUAUAGAUAUAAGGUAGAUUUUUAGAAUUGCAUG